UUCAAUCCCCCCGUCUUUUCUGACUUUGGCCCUGGUGGUCCCCACACACCACCACCACCUCCUCCUCUUCCUCAUCCUCUCACCACCAACGAAGAACAACAAGAAGAAGAAGACCUCCCCCGUAUAUAUAUCCGGGUCCAUAGAAUCUAUUACCAUAUUUUCUCUUUUUUUUUCUGUUCUCAAAUUUUGUUUUUUGUUUUUGUUUUUCAAUGGUGACAUUAUAAAUCGUGGCAUGGUGGAGGAAGGAGCCAUAUUCCUUUGGGCGUAGGAAUUUCCAGGCUUUUACGGAAGGUGGUGAUUGACUUUGAAACUAAUACAAGUUUGUUGUUUUGUUAAGAGAUUGGACGGUUUGGUGGUGGUGCUCAUGGGUCCAUAUAAUUAUCAUCAUUAGUGUAAUUUUUAUUUAUUUUAGAGGUUUUGAUGGGCUAUGGUGGGUUUCAGGGAAUUUUGGUUCUGAUGGAGAUGAGAAUAAGGUCUCUGGUUUCUUGACGCGUGUGUGUGUCUUUUGAAUGUCCUCCUGAUUUUAGCUUAUUAAGAAAGAUUUAUAGUUUGAAUCUUUGUUCAGCUGGUAAGACUUGUUUGUUGUUGUUUGUUGCUGUUGUGAAUGGGAUUGAAGAGAUUUGGUGUCUCAGACAGUGUAUUAGUAUUAAGAUUGUUUGAGGAGCACCAAGUUUGCUGUGACUCUUCUUCUCACUUUGAGGAGGAGGAGAAGAAGGAGAUUAAGGAAGUGGUUUUGUGGACAUAAAGAGGUUUGGUUCUUUGGUGCUGUCGGAGAAUUACUGGGAAGAUUAUGGAGGAAGAAGCUUAUUCUUGGAUUCGGAGAACGAAAUUCUCCCAUCGGUUUGAUUCACAUCGCUAUGAUGAUUCAAGAUUGACCUCCAUUCCUUUGACCUUUCAAGAUUUUCAGAAGGAGAAGAUGGCAGGGCUGAAGUCAAGGCCUGUUGUUGGAGAAGCAGCAGCUCCGACUAGGCAGAAGUCGAGCCCCAGUAAUUCGAUGAUUAGGAAGAACAGCCGUGUGUCUUCACCUGCUGGUCGACAGCUACUUGCUCACAAGCAGAGAUCUUUGUCUCCUUUGCCGGAGAGCAACCUCAGUGAUGUGUUUAAGGAAGCUAAGACUGAGACGAAGAGGUUUUCGACACCACAUCCUAGGGGAGCACAAUCAGAGAAGGGAAUUAUGGGGAAGUUGUUCAGGAAGGAUUCACAACACAAGGGAUCACAUUCCUCGCAUUCGUCAUCGAAUACUAGCCCCCUCAGGCACUUGGCUUCAAUGAAAGUCAGUGAUAAGUCGACCAAAUCAAAGAGGAAGGAAUCACCAUGGGCCAAGUAUUUUGAUCAUGGAGGUGGGAGAGUUAAUGCGGUGGAUGCUGCAGAUGAAUAUAGUGUUGAUUUGUCAAAGUUGUUUCUUGGUCUCAAGUUUGCUCAUGGAGCUCAUAGCAGGCUCUAUCAUGGGAUUUAUAAUGAGGAAGCUGUUGCAGUUAAGAUCAUCAGGGUACCGGAAGAUGAUGAAGGUGGAGUCAUGGCAGCUCGACUGGAGAAGCAAUUUAACAAAGAGGUCAAUCUUCUUUCUCGUCUCCACCAUACGAAUGUCAUCAAGUUCAUUGCAGCUUGCAGAAAGCCUCCUGUUUAUUGUGUAGUCACAGAAUAUUUAGAUGAGGGUUCCUUGAGGGCUUACUUGCACAAACUUGAGUGCAAAACUCUUCCUUUAGAGAAACUUAUUGCCAUUGCCUUGGACAUUGCUCGGGGAAUGGAAUACAUCCACUCACAAGGAGUCAUUCACCGGGACCUCAAGCCUGAGAAUGUUCUUAUUGAUAAAGACUUCAGGCUGAAAAUUGCUGAUUUUGGCAUAGCAUGUGAGGAGGUAUACUGUGAUUCAUUGGCUGAUGACCCUGGAACUUACCGCUGGAUGGCCCCUGAAAUGAUCAAGCGUAAAUCCUAUGGGCGAAAGGUUGAUGUCUACAGUUUCGGACUUCUUUUGUGGGAACUAGUAGCCGGAACAAUCCCUUACGAAGAAAUGAAUCCCAUUCAAGCUGCUUUUGCAGUAGUGAACAAGAAUUUGAGGCCGGUUAUCCCAAAGGGCUGUCCACCUGCUAUGCGAGCCUUGAUCGAGCAAUGCUGGUCGUUGCAGCCAGAUAAAAGACCCGAGUUUUGGCAGGUUGUAAAGGUGUUGGAACAAUUUGAGUCUUCCCUUGCCCGAGAUGGAACGCUGACACUAGUACAGAAUUUGUCUUGCCAAGACCAUAAGAAGGGGAUGCUUCACUGGAUUCAAAAGCUUGGUCAGCAUCCAAAUACUCCGCCCAAGGUUGGCCAGCAUCCAAAUAGUACACCCAUGCCUAAACCCAAGUUCUCUUGAGUGUGUUUCUUAUGACCAGCUUUUGUAGUAGUACCGGGUCAAAUUGUAAUUAAAGAAAGGUUCGUUUUCUAAGCCGUUUUUUAUUUGUGUUCCUCCUAUGUCACAUUCAUGUGAAACAGUUUGAAAGUGAUAUUAAUAGCAAUUGGUAGGCAUGCUUUGAAGUAAA